UGCAGUUACGACUGUCUUCAGGAAGAAAUAGUUGAAAUCUUCAGAUCUAUUCAAGUAUUAGUAGACCAAAAUGCUUUUGACUGUUACAUUCGAGACGAAUCAAAGAAAAUGAAUAACAUUAACAAAGAGUUGGAUUCUAGAAUAGCGGAUUUAUUAAAGACAGACUGUGCUAUUGUGGUAGCCGGAGAAACAAGUUCUGGAAAAUCAACCAUUAUAAAUCUUAUAAUUGGCAAAGACAUUGUGCCAACUGACAUAAUGGCGACGACAACGAGAGUCUGUAGAGUAAGAUAUUCCGACAAAAUGCGAGUGUCGAAGCUGGAUAAGGAAGGCAAAGAAAUAGUCAGCACAGAGUUUAGUGAUGAAGAACAACUAAGUGAGACGAUGGAAGAUUUAGCUAGAACAGAUGACCACAGAAUAGAAUACAUUGAUGUUUGGUUUCCAGUUCCAAUACUGAAGGGUAACAUUAUUAUAGUUGAUACACCAGGAAAAGGUGACACAGAGCAAGAUAUUGUGGCAGCAAAAAUGAUGGAGUAUCUGCCCAAAGCAGUGGCUUUCAUAUUUGUGGUAAACGUUUCCAAUGCAGGUGGAUUCCAGGAUGAUAGGCUUCUGCAUAUCAUUAAACACGUCAGAGAAUCGAUGAAUCUGAUGUAUUGCUUAGAUCCUGAAGAUGCCAUUUUUCUACUCAACAAAUGGGAUACAGUUGUUUCAAAGAAAAAGAGAAAGAAAGAUUUGUAUGAGGAAUUAAAAGAUAAAGUCCAUGAGAUAUGGGAAGGUGUGAAGGACAAAACUAUUCUGAAAUUUGCCUCAGCUUUGGUGCAUGAACAAGAAGCCUACAAGGUCGAAUAUGACAAAUUUCAAGAGAUUCUCAAAGAAGUGAUUACCAAAAAUGAAUUUAAGAGAGCAAAAGUUCAUCUGGGAUUUAUAAAAUCCUUUGCUGAUGACUGUGAUUUAAGUCUUUCAAGCAAGCUAAGGUGUGCAAGGCAGAGCACAGAAAAGACAAUUCAGGAACUUGAUCAGUUUUCCAGAGAUUUGCAAGUUAUCCAAAAUAAAAGACAAGAGGCACUUUCAAGUCUUCAAGAAAGUGUGGACAAUUUUCUGGAAGACACUACUGAAGCUCUUUUUCAAUACAUACACAGUGCAGAGUUCAAGGCAAGCGUUCUCCAAGAAAUUGAAAAGCACACACGCUUUACUAUUGGAGGUGAACUUAGCAAUCGCAUAGAAAAGGCCACUCUUUCCUGGCAACAAGAAAACAUUGAAAGAAUGUUUACAAGCCAGAUAUUACAAAAACUUACAGAAAAUUUUAUACAAAUUCACGAGUCUUUGCACAACAUUAAGAACAAAAUGAGAGGAUUUAGGUCCCCAUUUGACGUUGAAGACAAACUUGGUCCUGUUCUUCUAUCGCUGAUUGCUCCCAGUGGCACUGCUGUUGCUGGAAGUCUGGCAAUGAUAUAUAUGUCUGUGAGUCCCAAGGCUGCACAAGCCGUAGCUGCUGCUGGCGUUGUGGCUGGUCUUGUAAUGACAGGAUUAGUUGCACUGGACGUCCUUGAUGACUAUAAAACUGUUACAAAGAAUGCUUUCAAAGCUAGAAUAGAUAAGCUAACAAAGCCGAAAAUAAGGCAAACGUUACAUAAAACGUAUGAAGAGAGAUUUAAAAAAGUCGUUAAGAGUUAUCUGGAGGGAGAUUUAAAAAGAGAAAUCGAUGAUUUGUCAAUAAAUAUUGAAUCAACAAAGAACAAGAUAGAAGUCUAUAAAGAGGAAGAGUCCGUCUUGCUUUCCCUGAGUUCUGAUGUUUCAAAAAUUCGAGAGCGUGCAGAAAUUUUCAAAAACAUUGAAAUAAAACUUGAUUGAAGCUAUCUGGGAGAAACAUGGGCAAUGUAUUUGGAGUUAAAAAGGAGGAACUUGCUAUGUAGAACCUUUGUUUUUAUG